AAUGAAUCAUCUGUCGCCUUCGCCUCUGAUCUCGAGCCGUUGGACAACUCGACAUCUAUAAAUGAAUCAUCUGCCGCCGCUGAUCUAGAACCAGAACCGUUGGAUGGGACAUUCAACAUAACGCGACGUGACAAUAUCGACGUGACAAUGGAGCCGACAGAGACAGCACUUGCAGAGCCUGAAUUGCCGCACACAGUGACAGAAGAUGUUCCUAUAACUUUCACCGUGCUUGAGAACGGCAGUAAAAGAGGCGGCCGAUUGCUGGUGUCUAGCAACGGAUAUUCUUACGGCGUGAAGAAUGCGAACAAGAGUUCCACACUCUGGCGGUGUAGCGUGCGAAGCAAAAAGAUGCGAUGUCACGCGACAGUCUUACAGAAAGGCAGUGACUUUCGUCUAUGCUCCAAUGCGCACGUGCACCCAGCGGACCAGAAGCUUCCGCUUCGAGCGAAGUCUUCCACCAUUGUCAAACAGCGUAUCAAGGAACAGCCUCAUGCCCGGGCAAUGGAUAUUGUGGCUGAUGCCAUGUCGGACAUUACUAACGAUGAGCGGUUCCUGGCCCCGAAGCAGAAGCUGAUGAAGCGCACUGCCAACAAGUUUCGGGCGAAGCAUAGGCCAUCUGAACCGACAGACUUGAAUUUUGAUGUCGAUAUGGACUACCUGAAGUGUCACGACAUCUUGAUUGCUGAUCUUCGUGUUGACGAGCAACGACAUCUCGUGUUCGCUACGCAAUUCCAAUUGAAUCUGCUACAGAACGCAACACGCUGGUUCAUGGACGGAACGUUCAAGGUAGUGAAAGACCCGUUCAAGAGCAGUGGCCAGCUGUUAAGCAUUCAUGCAUUCAUCCACAAGGACGGGAAGCUGAAGCAGUUGCCACUUGUGUUCGCACUGAUGUCGCGGAAAACGGAGGCCGAUUAUGUCGCUAUUCUGCGCGCCAUCCGUGACAGGGUUCCAAACUUGUCAGUUGAAAACGUCGUCCUGGACUUUGAGAAAGCUGCAUGGAAAGGGAUCCGCGAAGUGUUUCCUUUAGUAAGCAUAAAAGGUUGCGUCUUUCACUGGGUGCAGUCUGUGUGGCGGAAAGUACAAGAGUUAGGCCUAGCCACCGCCUACCGAACCAACCAGGCCAUCCACCAGUAUAUUCGGCAGUUGAUGGCGUUGCCGUUCCUGCCUGCCGGACACAUAACCGAGACGUUCCACCAGCUUCAGGCCCGUGCAAACUCCGUCCAACUGACGCAGCUAGUGGACUACGUCAAUCGUCAAUGGAUAAACAACGCCAUCUUUCGGGUUGAAGAUUGGAGCGUCUUCAGGCGUUCGAUUAGAACAAAUAAUGAUGUAGAAGGCUGGCAUCAUCGACUCAACAGCCAGGCACAUCAUGGUGCAGUGCCCUUCUACGUGCUGGUACCAGCCCUGCGCAAGGAAGCCGAGAUGGUGGACAUCAGCGUGCAGUCUUCGUGA